AUGUCAAAUUUAGAGGUAAUGGUUAUGUUUGUGGUCUCUAUCGAGCUCUUUCUGGGAACUUCGCUAAAUGGCUUCAUUGUGUUGCUGCAUUGUAUCAUUUGGGUCAAGACCAGGAAAAUUUCUUUGUCUGACUUCAUCAUUCUGAAUCUGGCUCUCUCCAGGAUCAUUCUGCUUGGGAUAAUGAUGUUUGAUACUGUUUUAUCCAUAUUCUAUCCCCAUUUACAAAACGUAGGCAUAUUGAUGCAAAUUAUUGAUAUUUUCUGGAUGUUUACCAAUAACUUAAUCAUCUGCCUGACCACUUGCCUCAGUGUCCUCUACUGCCUGAAGAUUGCCAACUUCUCCCACCAAGCCUUCCUCUGGCUCAAGUGGAGGGUUUCCCAUGUGAUUUGGGGAAUUUGGGGGGGCUCUGGGCUCUACUCCUUCUUCAGCGCACUGGCAAUGAUUCUGAAAUUUAGUGAAUAUGCUGACCUCAGUCAAAUGAAACUCUCAGGAAAUUACAGUGAAGAGGUCAAGAAAAAGCUAACUAACUAUUAUGUUUUACAUAUUCUUGGUCUCCUCUGGUCAGUUAUUCCUCUCUGUGUGUCUCUGCUUUCCUCUGUCCUGCUCUUCCUCUCCCUGGUGAGACAUACCAGGCAGAUGAAGCAUCAUGCCAAUGGCACCAGGGACCUCAGCACCAUGGCCCAUGUGAGAGCCACCAAAGUCAUCCUCUCUUCUUUCAUACUCUUCAUUGGAUACUUCCUAAACUUAUUUCUUGCCAUGUCUAGUCAUUUCUUUCCAAGACCCAAGCAGGCAGUGAUGAUUUGGAGACUGUUUUUUAUUGCUUAUCCCUCUAUUCAAACCUUUGUUCUAAUCCUAGAGAACCGGAAGGUAAAACAAGCAUUCAUCAAGAUGUUCCAGGUCAAAAAGUGGAGGCUGAAAUGUACGCCUUGGGAACUUUCACCCAAGACUUGA